CUAGAAUAAAAACCACCGGUGACGUGCGCGCAGGGAAGCACCCAGCAGUAUGUGCGCGCCCACGGGAGGGGCCGAUAGAAAAUGGCGAGUCUGUGCAAAAGGCAGCAAUGCACGAUAGAGAGGCGCGGCUUUCGGCAGGAACUUGACUCUUGGAGGCACAAACUCAUUCACUGUGUAGGCUUUGAAAGCAUCUUGGAAGGCUUGUUUGGGCCGGGACUAGUCAAAGACAUCACCCUUUUCCAAGACUGCGAGCCAGAGGAGGUGUCUGACUGGUCCUUUGAUGAAAACUGUCUCUUCUGCUGCUUAAGACGUGAGAAAGUCAAGGAGCACAGCGUGGAGAACGGUGGAGGCAGCCACGUGCUGUCGGAGUGUGAAGACUUCAAACAGGAGCAGUCUCGGAUCAGCCGACUGGAGAGACAGGCUCAAGACUUCCUCAAUGCUGUGUUCCACAGAAAAGACCUCCCAAGUUUCUCAGACCCUCACAUUCCUCUAGUGGCUCGUGAGAUCAUGCAGCGAAUGAUCCGCCAGUUCGCUGCUGAAUAUACCUCAAAAACUACUCAGGACGACCCGCCCCUGCCCAACGGCACCAUGAAGGACCAAAGCCUGCCAAAAGCGGUGUCUCUGGCCCCGGCCCCCAGCUCUCCGCCCGGGCCACUGGCUGCGCCAAACUCUCCUCCAUCAUCUGCCUCCUCCUCUCCAUCCCCGACCCCGGGACAAUGCUUCAGCCCCACCUCCGCUGGUGCUGCCUCAGCACUCGCCUGCACCCAGAGCAGCAACAGUACGGGAGCCAGUAAUGGUGGGGGGGGAGGAGGAGGAGGUACGGCUGCUGCCUCUGCACAGAAUCCCGUCCUCAGCAAGCUUCUCAUGGCCGACCAGGACGGCCCGUUGGACCUCACCGUUAAGAAGAACCAGGCUGAUCCAGAGCCCAGCCAGCACGAUGGCGUCCUAGACCUCUCCACAAAGAAGAACCACAGUGCAGGCAGCCCCAAAGCUUUGCUCAACUUCACCCCCAAACCUGGACUCAAAGGACUUUCAAUCAAAGCAGAUCAUACCCUGCCAGAGGCGGAAGAGGAGGAUGGGCUGCUGCAGAAAAGUUUGCAGGACGCAAUGAGGGAGAACUACGUCAACUCUAACUCCUUCAAGCCCCCACUGGCCCGCUCGCUGCGUAUUAAGGAAGAGCUUCUCAGCCAGAAGCAUCGCCUUCUGAGUCAACCUCCUGCUCUUUCACUGUCUAAUCUAGAGUCAGCUGGCUUGCUCAGUCAUAGCCAGUCCCAUUCCUUGCUUGGCCAAAAGGGUUCUUCUUCAUUUUGGGGAAGUAAGGCUCACCUUGAAAGCCUAAUGAAGCUGAAGCAGGCCAGUGGAGCUUUGAGCGACCUCAAAGACCUGCCUACAUUCCUGGAGCAUCAACACCACAACCACCACGGAGCCUUCGCCUUUAAGAGUUCCCUUCAUCAUCACCACCACAAUCAGGUUUCCAAGGCCCAACAUCAUCACAUUGAAGGAAAGAGAGACCAAGGCCACUCUCCGCCUGUUGACCUGAAAAUCCCCCAGGUUCGGGGCAUGGAUCUUUCCUGGGAUUCCCAUUCCUCUGAGCUUUAUGGCUACGGUGCAAUGGGGGUCGGGGGUGGUGGCCAUGGGGACAACACCCUGAGCCGGAAGCUAAGAGCCAUUCUGCCAAAGCAGAACCGCCGAGGAGGAAGCCUUGGGAGCCUCUUGGAUGGGGCUGCUGAAUAUUGGAACUCAGACUUGGACCACUCAAGUUCUGGGCCGGCGUACUCCAUCUCAGAUGUGGAAGGGGAUCCAAGCUCCAAGCAGCCAAGGAAGAAGAGAGGCCGAUAUCGCCAGUACAACAGUGAGAUUCUGGAGGAGGCCAUAGCUGUAGUGAUGAGCGGGAAGAUGAGCGUGUCCAAGGCACAGAACAUGUAUGGGAUCCCACACAGCACCCUGGAGUACAAGGUCAAGGAGCGCAUGGGGACCCUGAAGAACCCCCCAAAGAAGAAGCUCAAGCUGAUGAUGAAGAUGGAAGCAGGAAGCCAGGAGUUUCCCAACGAGUCAGAGAACACGCCCACUGCAACCCCACGAGGCGACGGUGCAUCGCUAGCAGCUGCCGAGCUCAAGGACAAUGUAAAAGAAGAAAUCGAUGAUGAUUUCAAACCGAUCGACUAAACGACUUACACAUGUAAACCUCAACUGACUUAAGUAAUUUGAAAAUGGAUGGGGCUUUAUUUGUGCCAAUUUACUUUGCAGUAUCUGGGUGAGCACAAAUGCAGGGAUUAUAUGAGGAGGAUUCUUAAACUGGAGAGACACAACUAAUCGGAUGGUUCUUAACUAGUGUCAUUUGAGCGAUGCUAUAGAAGCAUUUGUUCAGCUUUUCUAUUCAGGGGCUUAACAAAUGCAGCUAAAGACAUUAGGUAAAUGACAAUUAUUUACGCAUGCUGAUAAUCCCCAACCCCCCAAAAUUCUCUCCCGUCUUUUAUGAACUUGAUACACUGAAGCAUUGCUGCUUAUAAAUGCAGUCUGCUUUGGAUUAAUAUGAUAAUGAUGGGGAAAAAUAAGGGGAAGGUUGAAAAUUAACUCCUUAGAAGAAGUGACAAAUUGGUCCCUUUAUCACUCCCCUCUUGCUCAUCAAGUACUAGCUCAAAAUUGCAACUGUAAGGUUUAAUUGUACCAUUGAUAUUCCUCAGUUAGGGUUCGGAAUCAAACCCACUCUCUUAUUGCCAGGUAGCCAUGACGCUUUAACUGAAAAUCCUUUUCUUUCCUCCUUCAAAUAUUCUGCUAAUUUCUGUGCGGACGAAAAGCAAGAAUAACCCAUCCUUUUUAUGAACGAGAAGACACAAAAGUCAUUCAGGGAUGCAUGUUUGUGAGUUUCGUGGACACUACUGACUUCUGUAAUCGACUUCUUUUCCUCUAUCUUUUCGUUUGAUUUGUUUUGCUUUCUUUUGCACUACAUUUUGAGUCUGGCGCUUACAGACCAGGUUACCUCGGCAUUGUUGCCCAUGCAUCAUGCACUUAUUAUGGUCUGUCUCUGAAGCCCAGUCACAACUUUGCAAAGGGUCAGAGGUGCACAUCGCCUGCAUACGCUGAUUCAUAUUCAGAUGCAGGAGGCUUCUUUAACCCUCUUUUUUGCCAAGGGACAAUUUAAGGGGUGAUCUGCUUAUGGAUCAGCGGGGGGUUUUUAAGGCGGAAUGCUACCUCACGGACCUCCAUCAGUCUCUCACUGCUGAUCCUGGAAAGCCGGAGCCACCCGCAAACGGUGACUAAAGUGAGCUCACCCUCUCAUGAAGAUCGUUACUGGACAAAUGCCUUUUAGGAUCAGAAUGUGAAACUGUGCUGCUACCCAGUUCAUUAUCCAGUUCCUAUAGAGGCUUUAGUUAACCUAAGCUAAUGGAUUUUGGCUUCUUAGCUAAUGACACCAUAUUGCUGAUGUUGUUUUUUCUUUCCUUUUUCUAAUCAAAACCAAGCAGAAGCAACUCACAUGAGUUUUAAAAGAAAUUCUUCUCCCUAAAACUUCAAAGAUGGUUUUAAAGGCAGUUUACUACAACAAUGUGCAUUUAUU